UUGCGAUCAAAAUUUUAGAAAAAGGAAACAAUAAAAAUUGACAAAGUCAAGAGAGCCAAACUAGGAAACUUCAUUAGCUUAAGGGCAUCAUAGUCGAUGAAACAAUAUCAUUCUUAAAUAUGCAUCAAAUUAUACGACUCUUAAGUUAAUAAAGAAAAACUUAAUGAAAGUACAACAUUGAUAGUGACAUAAUAUUUAUAGGAUACUUUAAUAGUCUUCCAUAGCCAAAUACAUUUAACUGAAAGAUUUUAAAGGAAAACAGCUAAAUAGAAUUUGGAAAAACUGCCUAUCUGAAAUUAUAUGUCUAUGGCAACUUUUGAUUGAGAAUAUUAGAAAAUUCUUACUGUGAAUAUAUUAUAAGCAUAGUCUCAACAUCAUAUAGUACCUUUAAGAAUUAUGUUCCAGGGCACAAAGAAAUAAAUUUUAAGAAGCAAAUGCCCUUUACAAAUCACAAAGCAAUUAAAAACAAACAAACAAACCCGAUAAUUGAAAUAUAGAUAAAAGGAAACUAAGUACUGAUAGUCAGAAUAAUAAAUGUCAGAGGACAAAUCAUAGAAAUAAUAGAUAACUAUAUUAAAGAAAAUGAGUCGACAUAUCAGAACUGAUAGGAUAUGUUUGAAAACAAAUUUGAAAAAGCAGAUCAUGAAUUUAGUAAUUUUUUUAAUAACAUAAAAUCCAACAAACCCAAAAGAACAAGCAUUUAAAUUACAGAAUAAAUAUACAGACCAAUUAAUUAAGGACAAAACGUGGGGAUUUUUAGAAUAAUAAAAUCAAAUUUUUUUAAGGAGAAAGGAAAGAUCAAAAAGAAAGUCACAAUAAAGAGGAAGUCAUGAGAGUUAUCAAUAUUGCUAUAUAAAAUAUUUUUUAAAAUGUAAUUAUCAAUUUGACAAAAACAAUAAAUCAACUCAUUUUAUUUUUUAAAAAAAUCAAAUAAGCUAUAAACUAAGUCAAAGAAAAAAAAAUUCUGGUCCAUAUCGAUUUACAAAUGAAUUCCAUCAAAUUGUUAGGGAGUAAUUAAUACCUUUGCUAUAAAUAUUGAAUAUAUUUGGGGUUUACAAACAUGGCUAAAUGACUCACCCUGGGUCACGUAACUAGUAAGCGGAAGAGGUAUUGAACUCAAUGUCUUACUGGUUCCAGGCCCAACCCUCUAUCUGCUGAACCACUUAGCAGCUUCUAUCCACAUAAUAUUAUCUAACUAUAAACAAUAGGUACAGAAUUUGUGGGAAGAGAUAAGCAAAGAAAGAAAAAAAUGGAGCAUUUUUGCAAGACAAUGAGAAGUUGGGACCUCACUAGAAAAAUCCUUGAAUUGGUAAAGACUGAAGGCAAGAUGAGAUGGAGAGAGUGUCAUAAAAACAACAAACAUGAACUUGGACAAACUUCAAGAGAUAGUGGAGGACAGAAAGACCUGGAGUGCUGUGCAACAUAGGGUCAUGAAAAGUUGCAUGGGACUGAACACCACAAGGUAGUUUUUUUCAUGUUGUCAUCUUCCACUGUCUGUGAACCCCUUAAAAGCAGGAAGUCUCUUUUGUCUUUUUUUUUUUUUUUUUGUAUUCCAUGUCCAGCAUACAGUAGGUCCUAAAUAAGCCUUUAUGGACUGAUGUACUAUCCUAUAUGGAAUUCUCUAAUUUAUGUUAAUUGAUUUUGCUGGCUUUCUAAAUUUUUAAAACUUCUUUUUUUAUAGGGAAUACUUAAUAGAAUGGAGAGAGGAGAGGAGGAGAUAUACAGAGAAAUAUGAGCCAGAAAAUAUCAAUAAAAUAUAUCUUAGGAAGAAAAUAAAACACCAGAUAAUCAGAAAAAAACUAAUUAGGUGAUUAAUAAUUGCCAUAAAACAGCAAAAGACAAAAUACUCAAAAUUAUCUUUUCUAUAUGGCACUGGCAAAAAAUAGAAAAAAGAAAUAACAUUUAAAAUAAUAAAAUGCACAAAAUAUCUGAGAAUUAACCUAUACAUUUAAACCGACACACUCAUGAUUUAUAUAAAUGCAACUACAAAACAGUUUUCAUAUAAAGGACUUUAGUGCAAAGAUUCAACUUUAAUCCAUGCCAAUAUAAUAAAAAUGAUAAUGCCUAAAUUAAUUCAUAGAUUUGCUAUUAUACUAAACUACUCAGAAAUUGCUCUAAAGAACUAGGCAGAAUAAUAAAAUUCAUUUAGAAGAAUAAAAAGGUCAAGAAUUUCAGAGUAAUAGGGGAAAAAUAGGAAUGAAGGAGGGCUAGCUAGCAUUACCAGAUCUCAAACCAUAUUAUAAAGCAGUAUCAAAAUAAUUUGGUCUUAUCAUAUUUUAAAAAAUCAAUCAUGGGAACAUAGAAGGGACAUUAGAGGUCAUCCAGGCUUAACUUCAUAAUCUGGGUAAAAACUAAGUUACAUGACUUGAUCAAGAUCACUAAGUAGCAGCAGAGGCAGGAUCUGAACUCAGAUCCCGGGGCUCAUGAAAUAAAUUAGAUAUCUACUAAACUACUAAAAACCUGAUCUGGUAUUUGAUCGUUGCACGGAGGCAAGUUCUGGAUCGUCGAAAGCUAUCCCAGCCAGAAAGCCUCGGUCAAAGCCAUCUGGCUACUAAGUAUUAAUUUCUAUGAAGUACUUCACUAGUUGGUAUCCAGGGAGUCCUAGCCCGUCUCCAGGCCCAGGAUCCCAAUCCACGAUAAAUCCAAACCCCGGGCCUUCAAAACUGCCUUGGCAGUGGAAAGAGCAGAGGCCCCAGAGGGAAAAGCGGGAUCACGUGCCGGGCGGGUAGCCUGGGCCAGACCCGUUUGCAGUCGGAAAAUCCCCCCUAAAUGUGCCCGAAAACAAAAGACAAGUCGAAACUUCGGGGACAAUCGAUUACAUAACCGGGGGGACGUGCGGACAGCCAAGUCCGCGUGUGUCCCACUAAUGAAUUCCCCAGGGGGCAAGGUGGGGCUGAGAAGCUCGAGACAACUCUCGGGGGGUGAUCCAGAGGAACUAGGCCCGCCCCCGCCCCCAGCAGCGCCUAGCGUGUCUGGCCUUCCCCGCAAAACCGCAGGCGAAGUGCUGGGGCUGCCGGGACUCCGCCUCCUCCGGCUCUCCUCCCCUUCCUUCUUUUCCCUCCCGCCACACGCUGACGCACUUAUGACGCCUGGGAUAUAACUGUGAUCAGCAGACGCCGCUCCCAUUCCUCACUUCCGCUUCCUUCGAGCGCGGAGCUUCGUGCUUCCCGGCUUUUGCACCGCGGCUGCAGCUGGUGAAAAUGUUAGGCCCUUUUAAGAAAAACGCCGUCAUCGGCCUCAAUCUGUAUUGCGGGGGGGCCGGCUUAGGGGCCGGCAGCGGCGCCGGCGCUUCCCCGUCCGGCGGACGCCUGCUGACUAAUAGCAAAGGAACGACGGUGGAGAGUUCGCCGCCGCGGCGGGAUGGAGGGGAAGUGGAAGCAGGCACCACGACGACGGCAGCGGCGGCGGUAGGGUUAAUUGGCGGAAGCGGCGGCGCGAAUCCCCCCGACCCCGUGGUGCAGGGCGUCCGGGGGGUCGCGCGGCCUGCGCCCAUUGGCGCGGAAGCUCCCGACGUCACCGCCCCGCCGAGACCGGUCUUCUUCGCGCCGGGCCGCCGCUGCUCGUCCCCCGCCGAGGUGGCCGAUGGAGCCGCGGACGCCAUCCUAUCCCCCGAGGACGAGCUGGACGGUUACGAACCCGAGCCCCCCGGGAAGCGGCCUGCUCGCCUGUCCAUGCUGGCCCUGGCCAGAGAGGGUGGGGACACGUCGAACAGCGCCCAUGGCUCACUGCCCUCGACGCCGCCCCCGUCCGAGGAGGACGAGGAGGAGGAUGAAUUGUACGGGCAAUCCUUGGAGUUGAUAACCCGAUACCUCCGCGAGCAGGCGGUCGGCACCAAGGACACCAAGCCCCUGCGCAGUGGGAAGGCCCUGGAGACCCUGCGGCGCGUGGGAGACGGUGUCCAGAGGAACCACGAGACGGCUUUCCAAGGAGGGGUUUGUGGAAUUCUUUCAUGUAGAGGACCUAGAAGGUGGCAUCAGAAAUGUGCUGCUCGCCUUUGCCGGUGUUGCUGGAGUAGGAGCUGGUUUGGCAUAUCUAAUAAGAUAGCCUUGUAAGUGCAAUAAAUGACUUGUAGCUCCAGGCACCAAAACUGCACACUUAACGUGAAAUAUAUUUAUGAAGCUGGACAUCAAGCUACCCAGGCUAGAACAUCCAAGAAUCCUUCUAGAGCACUGAAUACUAGCAUGAAAAGGAAAUGAUAUCCUACCACUUUGUUGGGUAGAGACAAAAGGAGACUUGGAUAAGAAUAAAUACUAGUGGAAAAUGUGCCCUGCUUCAGAGAACACCCAUCUGAAAGAAGCAAAAAUUGUCUGUCUCAGCAGUAGGCAGAUCUUUGGGGAAGACCAGGAAGCAAUUUAAUAGAGUUGAGAGAACUCUUUUGAAACGAAUAACUGGUUAGUAGGCUUCCUUGUCAUAAACUGUAUUAGAAAUAUUUCAUUAUUUUUACAGGAUUAAAAAAAGCACUACUAAUGCCAUGGGCUCCAAGUUCUGCCUCCUAUCACGAGUAUCACAGUGAAAGUGAUGCAGCUCAAGGUGUGACAAAUUCCAAAUGUAUCCAGAGAGACCAGAUUUCUCUUUUGGGGCCAGGAGGAUAUCGUUUGAGUGAUUUAAAGUUUAAACAUCCUUGAGUUAACAAUAAUCAGUUGUUAUAGCAACAAAAACUUUUAAAGGCUUCCUCUCAAAAAAGAACAAAAAAAAAACCUUGUAAAUAUGUAUAUCUGUAAAAAUUGUAUAUAUUUUUACAGAAAUUUAUUUCUUUGAAAUGUUAUAAGGAGAGAUUCUGUAUUUAGGGUUUUUUCCAUACCUUGUGAAAUUUGUAAUUUGGGCAAAUAAUUGGAACCCUUGUUUUCUCUAUGUAACAUUUCUGAUCUUGUCCAAUAUUUUUGGUAUUCAAAACCAACUUGUAAUGUAUUUAAAGACCACAUAGUUAUGAAUCAAUUUUAAAAACUACCUUUGUGUUACUUUCCUUGUGGGAUUUAUUAUUUAAAAGAACCUGGAAUGGGGGAGUUAAAAGUGUAGUACAUGAAAAGAUUGAUUUGUACAGCUUCUUGAACAAUUGAGCCAAAGUAAUUUUUAGAACUUUAAUUGUUGGAAUUUUUUUUUUAAGCAAAUAAUGGCUUUUGUGAUCAUGCCAUCAUGCAUGUCCAUUCAGUUUUGAGUUCAACAGUUUUUUGAGUCACUUCCAUCUGACUCUUCAUGUUAUUAAUACACCUUAGUUUAUGGGCAUGGUUUUUAUUUUCCAGAACUUUUUCAUGUUUUUCACCUUUUCUAAAUUUUUAUAGCAGAAAUUGUAUAGGACUUAAUCCAUUCACCUGAGGCAAACCUGACCUUUAUUUGCUUAAAUAAACUGCAAGUAAAUGUAGAGAAAAAUUAAUCUAACCAUGGUGCUAUUAUUAGGCUUGCUUGUCAAAUGCAGGCUGAGGCCUAGUGGGUCAAAAAAACAAACAUUUAUAUAUACAUACUUUAGUGUAUUGCAUUGAUUCCCAAACUGUGCCAAAGACACUCAACUUUGGCCUCUGAAUAGCAGAUUUGCUUUUUCUUUUCAGACAUUUGCUUUCUUUUGCUUUCAGCCCUUCUAUAAAUAUGGGACCAAUCCCUAUUAUUAUUUCUGCUCCUUUCAGGAGAUGGCCCUGUGUGACCUCAGAUGGUCCCUGCAACCCAGUCCCUUCUCCAGUAAUGAACCUUCUUGUCUCCCGGUAUUCAAAAGGUAGUCUACUUAGUGUCUUAUGUGAGCAAGGAUGGCAAUUUCUGGUGCUGGUGCCCUUUUUGGUUAGCUUUGCUAAACGUGUUUUGAUUGAAAUAUUUUUUCCCUCUCAAAGUCCCCUUGCUGUUGGGGCUUUUCAUAGAAGGAAAAAAGAUCUUGCUGUGGUUUCUUCUACAAAUGACCUUUUGGGUGGAAGAAAGGAGGCUGUCUCUGAAAAUAAUUUAGGAGAAUGACUGAAUCAUUUUGUCACCUUUCUGUAUUGUUUUCCACUAGGGGACCUAAACCUUUAAAUGUGGUGUCAUGUAGAAAUGCUUAACCUCAAACUGCUACUUAACAGUUAUUGGUCCAUCUGAAAAUAACUCUUUGUGGUAGGAGUUGGCUUAAUCUAAAAACUGCUGUGUUUGAAUUUAACUAGACCUUUAGUCUUUGGACUUUGUUAUAGAUAAAAUAAACAAAUCAAAUUUGACUAAGAAUGUAAUAGGGAAGAAAGGCUUUGCCUGCUCAUCUCUUAAGCCAUAAGGUCUAAUUCUGGAGCUGUUUUUCACCUAGUUGUGUUUCUCAUUCUUAAUCAUAAUCCCAGUUAUUUAUAUCAUGCUUGUUGGAGGAACUAAAAGCACUUUAUAUAGUUUUUAUAGCUUCAAAAUCCACAUAAAAGGGGCAGGUGGAGUGCAUCAGAAAGAUCUUGGCUCCUAGAUCAUCAUAAGGGGAUUCUAUUGAUGGAGUAAGACCUCAGAUCAUAAAAUUAUCUGGUGUGGUGUGGGAUGGGGGAAGUGUUAGGCUUUGGGGAGGGAAAGGGAGAUAAAUACUCCUGAGGAAGUGUAGGGAGAAGAAAAGAACCUCAAUGCAUUAAAGGGGUGGCUGCUAUUACAUAGUUGAGGCCAGUUCUGGAAUGAAAAGGGAAGGGACUAUUGAAAGGAUGCUCAGAGGAAUCUUCUGCUUCACUCAGGGAAAACUAUUGAAAUCCCUGGUCUAGGAUUCCCUAUAAAUCCUGUUAUCUGGGGAGUGUACGCCCUGCCUUAGGUUAGGUAUAAUGUUCCUCUUGAAGAGGUGAGCCAGGGAGGGUUAGGACCAACUGCAGAAUAUAUGGUUGUAAAAUCUAGUUUGUUUUCUUAACUUCCUGUUUUUUUUCUGAAAAGAAAAUAAUAAAUCUUUUAUUUAAAUUCAA